UUAGAUUUGGUAGAAUGGAAGGAGCAGAAAUAAACCUAGAAGAACUUGCUCAGCUCAUUGAGAGUUCAACUAGCGAGACGAAUAAUGAUAAAAGAAAGGAACUAACCGGCCACUUAAAACAAAUGGAAGAUAAUCAUCCAUUUGAGACCUAUUCGAAAGCAGUACUCGAUUUAUUAUCACAUGAAAGCAUAAUUAGCAAUAAGGUGCUUCACUUACGGAUCUGUACAUAUGCCAAGGAAUUUUUAAAAUAGAAAGUAUAUCUUAUCAGCUGCCAACGAAGAUCAUCUAACUGAGAUACUGAAGCUCCUGAUUGACAUCAUGAUAAACGAGAGGAUCUGACUCCAGAAUAAAAACUUCUUAUAUGAACUUUGACAAGUGACAUUCCAUUUCUUAGCCAUCGCCGUUGCUAAAAGAAGAAGAGAGAGCAAUGCCAACGGAGAAGAGUAUGAUUUCUCAAUCUCUCAAGCUUUUGCUGAGAACAUCUUGAAACUAUUUGAGGAAACUAAGACCAGUAAGAAUGCAAUGAUCGGAGCGAUAUUGGUAUGUAAGAGUUACCUCUCAGCUUUAUCGCAUGAGCAAAUGCUCAGUGAGCUCAACAGGCUGUUCUUGGCCCAGCUAGUUCUGAUGAACAAUAACAUCAUGGGCGAAAUCCUUACAUUGAUCCAUAGAACAGAGGAGAACGAUUACGUAGAUGGAAAUGAAACUAUGGAAGGGAUCAUCAAUUGAUACGAAGUCGAGACUACUUUUAUCGGCCUUAUUCACAAUGUUCUCCGUGACUGAGUAGCACACCAAGGAAAGGGAUGAGAGAUCUUUAUCAUGAACCCUGGGGUGGUAAACCUAUUAUUUCAAAUGAUUGGGGUGGUUGGAACGAAAAGUAGCCAGUGACCCCAAGUUUUGAUCAGUAAUUUACAGUAUCCAAGACUGGAUACUCUGAUCAACGGAACUAAAAGGAUAGCAUUGAAGAUUAUAAACUAUCUACUGAAUGUAUGACUCAAGUUUAAUUAUGAGACAAGGCUGAUAGGAAACAACCUAAUUUAUAUGCAGUAUAUGAUCGCGACACUCCAAUGGGCAGCUAGUCAAGAAGAAUGGUUCGAAAAAUUAGACUCUGAUGAUAGCGUAAGGGGGAUAGUCAUUGAGCUAUUAGAAAAUAUCGCAAUUUCUACAAGGUCUAAGUUCAAUUCAGACCUUUUAGCGAGGAUGAGAGCAGUCUUGAUAGCAGAAGCCAUUCUGAUUUUCUUGACCACACCAGAGAAGGAAAGGAUCAAUGCUGAGGAAAAUCCUGGAGAGUUCCUGAACUUAGCAAUAGAUGUUUGUGACAAGCAGAGCUCUUCUACCGUAAAAACCCAGGCUGCAAAAUGUUUAGAAGCUCUGUGUAGAAAAGUUGACGGAUGAGUUUCAUUUACGUCUAUGUUCUGUAUUCAAGCUAUUGACUGAUAUAUAAACAACAACCAUCUGGCACAAGAUAACCGUAUGCACUAUCUGAUUCUGCAUGAGUUUUAUCAGAAAGAUUUCCUUGGCAAAAAUACAGCAGAAACAAUCAUCGAAUCAUGUUUUACUAGCUUAUCAGUUAUUUCUCAUUUGCUAGCGCCUAGAAAAGAUGUGCUGGACUCUCUUGAUAAUAUGCUGAGUAGGAACCUGGACAUGCUGACCCAAGGAGAAUUACUAGUGCAAGCAAGACUAGCUCUAUUUUAUGGAUACUUCGCUGAUAUUUUAUUCAAGGAUGAUAUUGAAAAGUUCAACCAGAGCAUAAAGUUCCUUUUCGAAGCUAUUAACUACCCAGAGGAGACUGUUGCAGUUGGGUAUCAAGCAUGUGAGACUUUGACUACCCUCAUCGGUGACAAGAACAUAAUCCCAAGGAUCGGACCACUGUUCGAGGACAUUUGUUCUCUUUUGAUUGGAUACGUUGAGACCAAUAAAAUUCCACUGUUUUUCAACUUCAUGAACGAGUUUGUAUCACUGAACAAAUCAUUCCUUAACGAGAGGAUCAUUGAAUUCAUCAGAGUUUUUGCUAAUAGGAUCAAGGUAGAACAGGAAAGUUUAGUCGGAAGCCUGGAAAAGACAAACCAUGUCAUCAACCAGUCCUGAAAUGUGAUUCGAACCAUAUGUGAAGGUAAAGAAUACAUCGAACCUUAUGGUGAGCAGAUUGAUCAGGAGCUCAUGGUGUUGUACAACUAUAUGGACCAACCUGAAAACAUUGACUUUGAUGAUGACAUUGCUCUAGCUAUUUCUACUAUUAUUAAUAUUAGACAGAAGAUAAGUGACAUCCAAAAGCAGGUUUUCUCUACUUAUGAUAAAGUACAUGACAAGCACAAUGGAAUUUUCGGAAAUCUCAUUGUGUCUAUUAACAGCUUCAUUGUCUAUAAUGAUGGGUGGUUUGCUGAGACUCCUUCCGCAGUUAAGGACCUAAUGUCAAUGGCAAUGAGAAGCCUGCAUUAUGGAGAGCCCAUAAAUGGAAUCUAUACACCCUGAGAUGGAGCACUUGUGCUCCAACUAUGUCUACAGUACUUUAAAAGUCCUAUAUUUGAUGACUACUUUGCAGAGGCAUUAUCUAACUCACUACUGAUAAUGAAGAAGUUCAAGGAGUCUGAGAACCUUAAGACAAUGUUUUUAGGAACUUUCCUAUCUGCAUUUAUCUAUAGCCCUGAAGCCACUCUAAAAUACUUAGAAUCUGAAGGAAUUAUGGAAGGUAUUUUCGAGGAACUAUUUACUAGUGACUCAAAGAUGUUCCAUCCUUACCAAAAGAAGCUAUUUUUAUUCGGCCUAGGCCAGAUGCUUUUCUCAGAGUACAUGCCUGACUUUGUCAAUGAAAACUUUGCUAAGAUUCUAUCCAAAAUGAUCCUGAUGCUAGGCAGACUCAACUUGGCUGAAAAAUUAGAGGCUCAAAGGGAACUUGAAAUAAGAGAGUCUCCCGGAGAUCAGCCAAAUAGGAAAGGAAGCAAGGUAGCAAAUCCAGAAGAGACCAAACGAUGUGAAGACGAGGAAGAUGAUGAAAUUAUUGAGAAUGAAUUAAAAGAGAUUAAUGACUAUUAUGCAGCUACUUCUUCAGGAUCUCUUCUGCAAUCCCCUGAUGAUAUUCCUAAUUCUCCAUUUGUGAUAAAAAGAGUGAGUCAGAAAGAACACACACAUAACGAUGAUUGCUGCGAUCAUGACCAUGAUGAUGCUAGUAGCGAAGACCACCUCAAUGAUUCAAUCUGAGAUGAUCUCGAUGGUUUCGAUUUCAUGGACAAAGAGUAUGAGGAGAGAGAAGAACUUGAAAUGGAGUUUGACCUCAUCAAAACUAAGAUCAAAGACACUGAUGAGAACGAGUACUUCAAAACAGUCGUGUUCAAGCUAUAUAAAACUAACUCGGAGAACUUUACUAAUAUUAUGAACCAACUUUCAGAGCAACAGAAUGCUUUCUUGAAAAACCUUCUACAAACACAGACUCUCCACAUGAAGAUCAACGGGGUAGAGAAGCCUGUUCACAGGAAGAUUGUCAGAGCUAAGAGAAGAGGUUAAAAAUAAUUAAGUCAAAUCCAACUUAGAGAUUUA